GUCACUUGCGCCCCUCGGUCACGGCUCUUGAAUGUUUCGUUUGUGAAUUCACUUCACUUCACUACACCCCUGUUGUUCUGUCCUUGCCUUUUUCACUUUCAUCUCUCUUUUGGAGUUUGGGGAUGGUGAAGAUGUCUUUGCCUCUUUCACGCCUUCUUUUCCUCUUUUUGCCCAACUGAUUCCUUCUUUGUCUGUCACGCCCAGACACGCUUCUCAGUUGCCUAAUAAUCGAUUCCUGCAUCGACAGUUCAGACCGCCUGAUCAAGAACCGACGGACAUAUCCAAGAUUAGCCCACGGGUCAACCGGUACACACCAUGCCUGACUCUGACGAAAACAAGAAACAUGGCAUCACCGGUCCGAUGUCGAUGGCCUUCCCUGAACCUUUAGACAACGAGAAGACUGCGGAACUAGUCGAAGAGUUGAAGAGGCAGAACAACUAUGAGUCGCAGAAACAGACGGAGGUGCGGAUGAACAUCCUGAAGUUGUUGAGCAAGGCCACCCAGGUAUUUGUCCGUGAGGUCAGUCGAAAACAGGGAUUUCCUCCGUCGCAAAUCAACCAGUUCGGUGGGAAGGUCUAUCCAUAUGGCAGUUAUCGCCUCGGUGUCUUUGGGCCCGGUUCUGACAUCGACACUCUCGCCAUCGCUCCAAGGCAUGUGAAGCGCGAAGACUUCUUCGAGUUCUUCCCUGCGAUCUUGAAACGUACCAUAGAACGGGAAAAUGUGGAAAGGGAAAAGCACAAUGCGGAAAAUCCCCCGGAAAAGCACCUUCAAAUACACACACUUUCCUCGCUCGUUCCGGUCCCUGAUUCCUUCGUCCCCAUCAUCAAACUCGCAAUCUCUGACAUUGAGAUUGAUCUCAUUUUUGCCUCAAUUGCCACCCUGCAGACAAUUCCUCCAAAACUCAGCCUGAAUGACAACAGUCUCUUGAUGGGGUUGGAUCAGGCGUCUAUACGUGCAGUUACCGGACCACGUGUCACUGAUGAGAUUAUUGCUCUCGUUCCCAUUGAGAAAACCUUCCGGGCGGCGCUGCGAGCGAUCAAACUGUGGGCGCAGAGAAGAGCUAUCUAUGCCAAUAUUGUUGGCUACCCUGGUGGCGUCGCUUGGGCCAUGCUCGUGGCGCGCGUCUGUCAAUUUUAUCCCCACGCGGUCGGUGCUACAAUUGUGGCAAAAUUCUUUUACAUCAUGAAGGAGUGGCCCUGGCCUCUCCCCGUUAUGUUGAAGCACAUUGAGCAGCCCAAGAAUCUGGGUCCCAACCACGGCUUCAAAGUAUGGAACCCGGUUCUCUACAAAGGGGACGAGAAGAACAUCAUGCCUAUCAUCACACCUGCGUUUCCAAGCAUGUGCGCGACUUACAACAUCUCCAAGUCGGGCAAGACGGUCAUCCUGCGUGAGCUGGACAGAGCUGACAAGAUCGUCACCAAGAUUUUUGCCGGCAAAGCUCCGUGGAGCGAGUUGUUCCAGAAGCACACCUUCUUCACUGCAGACCACAAGUAUUACUUGAGUGUAACUGCGAGUGCGUUGAACGCCGAUGCGGCCAAGGCAUGGGCGGGUCUCGUUGAAAGCAAAGUCCGGAUUUUUGUCAUGCAGUUGGAAGGCACAAAGGGCAUCGAACUUGCUCGACCGUUUACAAAGGGGUUCAAACGUGUGCAUCGUUGCCAGAACGAUGAUCAGAUCCGGGAAGUGCAGAGAGGAAGCAUGAAGUAUAAAGUGGAAGAGACAAAAACUGUUGAGACGACCGCUCCUGAAUUGGUGACGGCCAAUGGAAACGGCGCUGCGGUUCCACUGUCGGACAAUACGAGCCAGGAACAGGAUACGGACGCCCAUACUGUUUACACCUACACGUUCUACAUUGGCAUUGACACGGUCGCUAAAGGCAGCUUGAACCUAGUUCAGGCGUUCCAGGCCUUCAAGCAAGUGUGCGAGGGAUGGAACAGUUACAAUGCGGAACUUCAUUUCCUUAACCUCGCCUCGUCGAAGAGUUGGGAGUUACCCGAAGAUCUCUUCGAUACAAAAGCCGGCGAAGUCCGACCGAGCAAACCCGUCAAGAAGGUGGUUAAGAAUGCCAAAGUAGAGGCUAAGCCGGUGCGACGGAGCAUCAAUGAGGUCGAGGACGCUGAAACUGAUGGCGAUGCCGUGAAACGACCAAGACUGAUGACAUCUACACCGACACCAACCCCCACUGCUGCGCCUGCAUGAUCGUGCAGAAGACAACGUGCAGUACAUGAUAUCUUCAAGAGCAUCGGUAGAAUUCUUUUGAAAUGAUGUCCAUGUGAUCGCGCCGACUCGUUGAACCCGCUAGGGCUUCUCUCUGCCUUGAAGCAGAGGUUGCUGUCAACACUCACCACUCCAAAAAAAAAGGUGAAAAUGCUGAAAAAUGCAAAAAAAGAGAAAUGAAUCCAUCCGCAGCUUCGCUGUGAGAUUGUACAAUCUGAGGUAACCACAGACCUGGUGAUAAGACUAACCCACGCACAGCACGAAAUAGCAUCAGAGCACCCGUGUUCCUUGCAGAGUGGAUUUGUCUGAGCUGGGCUGAAUGGAGAGCAAGCAUUUCGACAUGGACGGUGGAGGUUUCUUGCGCGUCUCUUUCCUACCAAAAUUCACGGAUCACCAAUGUGGCGUUACUGGAGUUUGCAGGAGUCACACGAAGAGACGACAUUGGUCGGCAGAGAUUGGUCUCUGGGGGUGAAGGCGAGGCCAACAGACCGAGAUCUGCUCAUUUGUACAUAGUUUAUGGCAGGUCAUCCCGGGUGGUUUGAUAUCAUAGAACACAACAGCUAGGCAGUCAGACAGUGAACUCCCACAAAUGAAGAGAAGAGAUUUAGGGGUCUCAGGACCUCAAAAAACAAGA